AUGGAGCUGAAGCAAGGUUCCCUAUCUGUGGCAGAAUACACCAACAAGUUUGAGGAGCUCUAUAGAUUUUCUAGGGUAUGUCAAGGUGCCUCGGAGACUUACGAGAGCUGGAAGUGCAUUAAGUACCAGAGGGGUUUAAAGGAUAGCAUUAUGACUGCUGUGCUGCCUAUGGAGAUCCGUGUCUUCUUUGACUUGGUGAAUAAGGCGAGAGUGGUGGAAGAGUAUACCAAGACGAUUGGUAUAGGUGGGUGCUUCAACUGUGACUUGCCUGGUCAUUUUUCGAGGGAUUGCAUAGGUGGGAAGAACCAAAGUGCGGGUCAAGGUCACCACCAGGGGCGAGUCUUUGCUGUGAAUGCCAAGGACGCUUCCAAGGUGGAUCCGUUGAUGAGAGUUGAGGAAUUAGGCUUGAAAGUGUCAGAGUUACCAUUUGAUCUGCAUGUACAUACUCCGCAUCAAACAGUUAUGACUAGGUCAGGGUGUAAGCAAGUAGGUUUCAAGCUUGAGGGUAGAGACUUUGUGCAUGAUUUUAUCUGUUUGCCAAUUAUUGGAUUGGAAAUUAUUUUGGGGCUUGAUUGGUUGUCGAAGAAUCGGGUUUUGUUGGAUUGCUUUGAGCGGUCAAUUCGGUUUAUGCCGGAAAGAGAAAAUGGAGCAGUGGUAGCUACGGGAUAUUACUUGAACUCUGUAAUGGUGCACUAUAGUGGGAAGGAGUGUCAGGGUUAUAUUCUGUUGGCUGCUAAUGCAUUGGGUGAUGCCCAGAACUUAGAUCUGAUACCGGUGGUUAGAGAUUUUCCUGAGGUGUUCCCGAAAGAUAUCCCUGAAUUUCCACCUCAAAGGGAAAUUGAAUUUACAAUUGUAUUGGUGCCGAAAAUUGGACCAGUGUUGAUUGCACCGUAUAGAAUGGCUCCGAUAGAGCUGGCAGAGUUAAAGACUUAG